AGGGAUUGUACUUGACACAACAUGGUCAAUGUGUUCUACAGAGUCAAUGUCAUUGUUACCACUUGGGAACAUAUCAUACCCCUGGAGAAAAACUAUACAGAAAUGGCAUUGAGUGUGUCUGCCGCAAUGGGAAGCUAUACUGUGACUACAGCAACUUGCAAAAAACAAAUUGUACACAACCCAUGGUCUACUUUAAUUGUUCUCGGGAACCUGUGGACGCUACAGGAAUCGAGUGUUUACAGGGCUGUCAUAAUUUAAAUGUAGACUGUUACAGCAAUGAGUGUGUCUCGGGUUGUGUAUGUCCUCGAAAUACACUCGCUGAUGGCAAAGGAGGAUGCGUGCCUAGUAAUCGAUGCACCUGUUUUUAUAAUGACAAGAUAUAUGAUCAUAAUGCAAAAACCAAGAUUGGCUGCAGGAACUGUACCUGUAUCAAUCGUAAAUGGGUCUGUGAUCAAGGCGGAGCACUGGCUGAGUGCUUGGUUUAUGGCCAAGGAAAUUACAUAACAUUUGACAAAAAGCAUUACCGAUACAGUGGACAGUGUGAAUAUACUUUGGUUCAGGAUUUCUGUGGCGCGCAUGUAAAAAAUGGAACAUUUAGCAUCAUUUCUGAAAACACCAGGUGCAGCGAUACUGGUUUAACCUGUUCAAAGACCAUCAAAGUGUUUUUACAUGACUACAUUCUUCUUUUAUCAAAUGGCAAAGCAGAUUUAUGCAGUGAGGGAGACGUGUCUGAGUCACCCUUUAAGAUACGGGACACCAGCCUUUAUCUGAUCAUUACUGCAAGCAAUGGACUAGUUCUGGUUUGGGAUAAAAAAACAAGUUUCACUAUCAAGCUCACAGGAAAUUUUCAACAAAAUGUCUGUGGACUCUGCGGAAAUUACGAUGGCAAUUCAAACAAUGAUUUUACUACCAGAGGUCACCUUGUUGUACAAGACGAAAUAGAAUUUGGUGAUACUUGGAAAUUAUCACCAUCAUGUCCAGAAACUGAAAUGAUGAUAGAACCCUGUGAGAUUAAUCCCCACCGAAAGUCAUGGUCUCAAAGACAGUGUGCCAUUAUCCUGAGUGACGAAUUCAAAACCUGCCAUUCUGAGGUCGAUCCUACUAGCUAUUAUCAUGCAUGUGUGAAAGAUUCCUGUGCUUGUGAUGAAGGAGGAGAUUGUGAUUGCUAUUGUACAGCUAUUGCAGUGUAUGCCCAGGCAUGCCUUGGCCAUUGUGUUUGUAUUGACUGGAGAACUCCAAACCGUUGUCCUGUGUUCUGUGACUAUUAUAACAAUGACGGUAGGUGUGAGUGGCAUUAUAAAGCAUGCGGAGCCAACUGCAUGAAGACCUGUAGAAAUCCAUCUGGAAAUUGUUCAUCUGAACCAACUAAAAUGGAAGGCUGUUAUCCUAAGUGCCCUGAUGAUAAGCCCUUCUUUGAAGAACUUGGUAUGCAGUGUGUAAAUCAGUGCGGCUGCUAUGAUCAGAUGGGACAAUACUAUAAGCCAGGGGACAAAAUCAUAUCCUGCAAUAACUGUGAAUCCUGCAACUGCACAACCAAUGGCAUCCAAUGCAAAUACGAUAAGUACGCCUGCUACUGUGAAUACCAUGGACACAUUUAUGCCUACAAUGAAACUAUCUAUGUUAAAGAUAUUGGCAAAGGAAUAUGCCUUGUCCUUGUAUGUGGCAUCAAUGGUACAACAACUAAAUACUAUGUUUCUUGUGGAACGACAUCAACCAGAGCAACUAAAACAUCAACAGUAACUAUUACUUCUAAGAAAGUCACAUCUGAAUUUACAUCAAUGACAACAAAAUGUUUUUGCAUAUUCAGAAACAUGACAUAUGAUCCAGAUACAAUAAUAUAUAUAACCUAUGACAAUAUAAACGCGUGUGGAACUAAAGUUAUAUGUGAUAAAUUUUGCAGAAUAAAAUCUGAGCCAUUGCCAUGUACAACACAAUUAACCAGCACCACAAAAAAAAUCACUACUGUUUCAUCAAGUGCUACAACAUCUUUAUCUAGUUUGACAACAGUUACCACUACACCAGCCACAACAGCUUCAACAUCCAUAAGUAUAACACCAACCACCACUUUCAAAAGUACAACUAGUAGUACAUUAACUGCCUCCACCACUAAAAGCACAUCCACUGCAACAACAACACCAGCAACAACCAGUACUAGUGCCACAACCUCCACAAGUGUUACAACACCAACAAGUACUGUGACUACUACAAGUACAACUACAUACCCUACUUCAACUAAAACCUCUACAACUGUUACACCAACUAAAAGCACAUCAGCUUCUGCAACUACAACACCAUCCAGUACUUCUAAAGUUACAGCAAGCAGUACCACAUCAGCAUCCACUACCACGCAAUCUUCUACCACUUCUGUAAGCACAAAACCAUCUACAACUUCAACAACCAGUACUAGUGCCACAACUUCCACAAGUGUUACAACACCAAAAAGUACUGUGACUACUACAAGUACAACUACAUACCCUACUUCAACUAAAACCUCUACAACUGUUACACCAACUAAAAGCACAUCAGCUUCUGCAACUACAACACCAUCCAGUACUUCUAAAGUUACAGCAAGCAGUACCACAUCAGCAUCCACUACCACACAAUCUUCUACCACUUCUGUAAGCACAAAACCAUCUACAAUUUCAACAACCAGUACUAGUGCCACAACUUCCACAAGUGUUACAACACCAACAAGUAUUGUGACUACUACAAGUACAACUACAUACCCUACUUCAACUAAAACCUCUACAACUGUUACACCAACUAAAAGCACAUCAGCUUCUGCAACUACAACACCAUCCAGUACUUCUAAAGUUACAGCAAGCAGUACCACAUCAGCAUCCACUACCACGCAAUCUUCUACCACUUCUGUAAGCACAAAACCAUCUACAACUUCAACAACCAGUACUAGUGCCACAACCUCCACAAGUGUUACAACACCAACAAGUAUUGUGACUACUACAAGUACAACUACAUUCCCUACUUCAACUAAAACCUCUACAACUGUUACACCAACUAAAAGCACAUCAGCUUCUGCAACUACAACACCAUCCAGUACUUCUAAAGUUACAGCAAGCAGUACCACAUCAGCAUCCACUACCACGCAAUCUUCUACCACUUCUGUAAGCACAAAACCAUCUACAAUUUCAACAACCAGUACUAGUGCCACAACUUCCACAAGUGUUACAACACCAACAAGUAUUCACAUCAGCUUCUGCAACUACAACACCAUCCAGUACUUCUAA